AUGUCAGGACCCCUUGGUAUUCUCGGUCUGGUCAUUUUUGGAGUGAUAUCCACUGUUGGCCUACUAGGGAAUGGAUUUAUCAUAGCUGUGAAUGGCCACAAUUGGCUCCACAGCCAGAAACUGAUCCCUUGUGGUCUUCUCCUGACCUGUCUGAGCAUCUCCAGAUUUCUGGUGCAAGGGCUUCUCCUGAUGAACCAAUGUGUUUACCUCAUCUCUCCGAAGACUUAUGAAUUUAGCUGUGCAGAACAGAUCAUGAACAUGGCCUGGAACUACUGCAACAUGGCCAGCUUCUCCUGCGACACCACUCUCCAUGUUUUCUACUGCCUGAAGGUCACCACGUUUGCUCGCCCCCCUUUCCCCUGGUUGAAGUCAAGGAUUGACAGGCUGGUGCCAAGACUGCUUACAAUUCCCUGUGUCGCUUUUGUGGUUUUAUCUCUCCCUUCGUACGUGGAUUAUGUGAAUGGAGGAAAAUGCGGCACUCUGACAGGAAACCUAACAGAGCACAGGAACCUCAAAACCAGGGAAACGUUUAGCAAGUUCGCCCCUGUCCAGUUCACUCUCCCUACCCUCUGCUUCAUCAUAUGCUUAGCUGCAUCCCUUCUUUUGUUCAUCUCUCUAUGGAGGCACACAAGGAACAUGAGAGAGAACGGCCUGGACACGAAGGAUCUCAGCACUCGGGCCCAUCUGAAUGUCAUGAAGUCUCUGCUGGGCUUUCUUUUCUUCUUUGUUGUAUAUUUUGUUGCCUUGGUUGUUACGGUUUCAAAAGAUUUUAGGCUGGGAAGCCUUGGUCAUCUGACCGCCAUCGUCCUGUUAUCUUCCUAUCCUUCUGCUCAUUCAAUCAUGAUAAUAGUGACCAAUCCCAAACUGAAAGAAACAGGUGUUCGGUUCCUGAACAUCGGGAAAAGAUUCCCAUUUUCUUCUAGUGGCACCAGCACCGAAUGA